AUUAUCAUAAUAAUUAACUUACAAGAGGAUCCAGACCUGCAGCCUAUCCUCUUUGGACUGUUCUUGUCCAUGUACCUGGUCACAGUGCUUGGAAACCUGCUCAUCAUCCUGGCUGUCAUCUCAGACUCCCACCUCCACACACCCAUGUACUUUUUCCUCUCCAAGCUGUCCUUCACUGACAUCUGUUUCACCUCCUCUACAGUCCCAAAGUUGAUUUUGAACAUACUCACUCACAGUAGAGUCAUCUCCUACUUGGGCUGCCUGACACAGAUGUCUCUUUUUAUCCUUUUUGGAUGUAUGGAUUACAUGCUUCUAACUGUGAUGGCCUAUGAUCGCUAUGUGGCCAUCUGCCACCCACUGCACUAUGCAGUCAUUAUGAACCCUCAACACUGUGUCUUCUUACUUUUGCUGUCAAUCUUUGUUAGCACUUUGGAUUCCCAGGUGCAUAGUUUAGUUGCCUUACAAAUUAUGUGUUUUAAAAAUGUUGAAAUCACUAGUUUCUUUUGUGAUCCUUCCCAACUACUUGAACUUUCAUGUUCUGGUACUUUUGUCAAAAACAUAGUCAUAUAUAUUCUUAGUAUCCUAUUUGGUUUUAUUCCCAUGUCAGGGAUCAUUUUCUCCUACUAUAAAAUUGUCUCUGCCCUUGUAAAAAUCCCAUCAUCUAGGGGGAGGUACAAAGCUUUUUCUACCUGUGGUUCUCACCUGUCAGUUGUUUGCUUAUUUUAUGGAACAGGCUUUGGAACUUACCUUGGUUCAAUAGCAUCAUAUUCUCCCUGGGAGGGCAUGGUGGCCACACUGAUGUACGCUGUGGUCACCCCUAUGCUGAAUCCCUUCAUCUACAGCCUGAGGAACAGGGAUAUUCUUAGCACAGUGAAGAGGCUCUACCUUUGGAAAGUUCAAUCCCAGAAAAUUUGCCAUUUAUUUGGAAGGUAG